AAUUUAUCACAAGUUUUUACAAAUACGUAUUUGUGAAAAAGGAAAAAAAAUCAACCUUCAAUCAUAAAAAUUAAUUUCUCACAACUGUGAUUCAAACAUAACUGGCGUUUUUGUUUAAAAUGCUUAGCAAUUUGCAAUAACUACAAAUAGUACAAGAAAGUUAACGAUUGGAUUAAGAACUCUGUUUGCUCCGCGUAUGUCACGAAACAAGCUAAUUAUUUGGACGGAAAAUAGUUAAGCAAACAGUAAUACGAACUGAUUAUACAUAAUAAUAUAUAUAAAGAGACGAAAGGAGAGGAGUCGAAGUUGCUGACGCCGCAGCUGCAACUGGAAAUAACCGCAACAUAUUUCGCUGGGCGAAAGUCAGCAACAACAAAAGAGAGUAGACGAUACCAUUGUCGAUCCAUCGUUGUCCAAUCAACGUUUUAAUUAACGCACACAUACACACACUCUACAUAAAGUUGGUCCAGCCAGCAUGGAACGUGAAUCGAAUCCAAUGCAACCCAUGUGCCGCUCUGGAUGCGGGUUCUAUGGAAAUCCAGCCACAGAUGGUCUGUGUUCGGUUUGUUACAAGGACUCGCUUAGAAAAAAGCAACAGCCACCUGUAAGCAGCACACCUGCCUCAGUUCCAAGCCCACAACCUAGCCCCACAUUCAGUCCGGCCAUUGCAACAACCAACACCGCACAGCCCACGGUACAGAGCUUACAGCAGUCACACAGUGAUGUAAAAGAGAAAAUCACAGAGGAAGCCGCCGUAGCUGCCAAAUCGAAUAGCGAAGCCAUAAUAUCGGUGUCAGGUCCAAAUACUUCCACACAAGCAGCUGCCUCCGCCUGUGAGCAGGAUGACAAGGACAAGGAAGAUGACAAGGACGCCAAGAAAAUGAAGAACCGAUGUGGCGAAUGCCGCAAGAAGGUUGGCCUGACUGGUUUCCAGUGUCGCUGUGGCGGCUUAUACUGUGCCGUGCAUCGUUAUUCCGAUAAACACAACUGCACAUUCGACUACAGAGAGCAUGGCGCCCAGGAGAUUCGACGCAAUAAUCCGGUUGUGGUUGGCGAGAAAAUUCAAAAGAUUUGAAUUGCGAGAGAUUGUGCCAGUAACAGUAGCCGUAGAAUAAUAACAACUACAUAUUAUGAUAGUAUAUAUAUACACACGCUACGCACCAACAAAUCAAUAUAAACAACAACAAAAAAAACUCCCAAGCAUAAGAAAACACAGCAACACGUAUACAUACACACAAACACACGCACACACAAACACAAACACACACCCACACACACACCCACACACACACCCACACACACACCCACACACACACCCACACACACACCCACACACACACCCACACACACACCCACACACACACCCACACACACACCACACACACACACACACACACACACCCACACACCCACACACACACAAACACACACAAACACACACAAACACACACAAACACACACAAACACACACAAACACACACAAACACACACACACACACACACUCACACAAACCCACACAAACCCACACACACUCACACACACUCACACACACUCACACACACUCACACAAACACACAUAAACAAACACACAAACAAACACACACACACAUUACAAACACACACAUUACAAGCACACACAUACACAUACAUAUAUGUUUAUAUACGCAUAUAUGUAUAUAGAUAUAUAUGUAUAUAUAAAUACUAUAAAUAAUUGUAAUUGUAAUUUAAUUAUAAUGUUAACAAUAACAAGAAACAAUAGUACAGAAACGUUAACCAAAUACCACGCAAACAACACCUACAACGGCAACUGCAACAAUAGCUGCUAGGAAUAACAUCUAUAAAUUCAUCGCAGUUGCAGCAACGACGAAAGUAGGAGCAGCAGCAGUAACAACCACUAUCAUGACACCUACAGCAUCAUUCUAACUUGAACCAGACGCGUAUGAGCGCGUUAGCAAGUACAACAAGCACCAAUCGCCGCUAACUGCUGUGACCUAUGACCUGUAACCUGUAACUCAACGAUUGGUAGACCAUCUAGAUGUUAUUCCGAAUGCAAGUUUCACAUUUUUUUGUAUUCGAUGCUUCGUCAACAACACAACACAUACGAUUUUCAACAAAAACAAGAAAACACGCAUUUGCAAUUUGUUACCAAUUACACAAAAGAAGAUAAAUUUUAUGUAGACAACGUGUGUAACUUGUGUUUGUAAUGUGUUGCAUAUAUGAAAAGCAAACUAAAAAAGGCAAAAUACAAAAGCAAGCAAACAAAAA